UUUUCCUCCGUUAUUUCUUGGAACAGACGUCAUGUUACAUUCUGUUAGUUGACAAAUUAUCCUUUCAACUGUUUUGGUUUAUUUUUCUAAACUCCAAAUAGUUUUAUUCACCAGUUACAAACAGCUUUACCUUGGAGUCAGACUUGAUUUGUUAGUGAAAUGAAGACGUUUCCGACCUCGGCGGCCUGGUGUUUUGGGAUUCUGUUCAUCAGUGUUUCAUUGAUAACGACAGAGUCGUCUGAGGUUGUUGGUUCGGCUGACCCAGUCGUUGCCUUAGCUGGUGAUGACGUCAUUCUACCAUGUUCCCUAAAACCCAGUGUCGGUGCUGAGGACAUGACAGUGGAGUGGACAGGACUGUACCUGAAAACAAGAAAUGUCCAUCUUUACCGUCAAGGUCGAGACUCCAAUGUGGAGCAGUUUCCAUCCUACAGGGGAAGGACAUCAAUGUUUCAUGAAGAACUGAAGAACGGCAACGUCUCCUUAAAGCUGACCAGAGUUACUCUCUCUGAUGCUGGAAGCUACAUGUGCUUCAUUCCAACACUGACCGGCCAGGUGAAGGAAACCACCGUUCAACUCUUUGUUGGUGCUAUAUCUCAGCCAGUGAUAUCUAUUGAUGGAACUAAAGGCUGGGGGGUGGCCCUGAAGUGUGAGUCUGGAGGCUGGUUUCCUGAACCUGAAAUGGAGUGGCUGGACAGUUCUGGAACCAUCCUCCCUGCUGAUGGACCAGAGAAACACAGGGAUGAGGACCUCUACACUGUGAGACGACAUGUCUCCGUGAACAAGACUGACACCAACAGGUUCACCUGUAGAGUUCAACAGCAGGAGAUCAACCACCUGAAGGAGACAGAGAUUCAUGUCCCCGAUCUCUCUCUUCCUGACUCUCUGAGUGUCAGUCCUGACAGAUCUCAGUUCUUUGAAUAUGAAUCUGUCUCUCUGAGCUGUGAGGUUCAGGGGAACUCUACUGGAUGGAGAGUGGUGAGGAACACAGAGAGAGGAAUCCUUUCAGAGUGUAAUACUGACUGGGGAAAACAACAAGGGUCUUCAUGCAUCGUGUCACUAAUACCAUCAUUACAGUGGGUGUACUGGUGUGAGUCUGGGUCUGGAGAACACAGCAAUGCUGUCAACAUCACAGUACAUGCUGGAGCUGUGAUCCUGGAGAGUCCUGCCCUUCCUGUGACUGGGGGAGAUUCUGUGACUCUGCGCUGCAGAUAUCAGGGACUCCCUCUAACCUCACAGCUGAUUUCUACAAAGAUGGAUCCCUCAUCAGGAUGAGACUA